CUUGCCUGCUCUGACGUAUCUCCUUCCUCUGGAGUUGUGUAUAAAGGAUCUGAGCUUGUAGAAAACAUCCCAGCACAAGACAACUCCUGCCUGCCCAUGUACUCUAUGAAUGACAAGCCUGCUGCCUGUGCCUGAGUGUCAUAGAGUGUGGGUGUCCUGGAGUGGAAGGUCAGUGUGGGUGUCCUGGAGUGGAAGGUCAGUGUGGGUGUCCUGGAGUGGAAGAUCAGUGUACCCCCAGAGGUUUGGGAUCUGGAAGGAGAAAUAGAAGAGUGAACAAGCUGCAGCCUGAUUUCUUCUUUCUUCUGCACACAUCUGAUCAGCAGCACCUGCAGGAAGACAAGGAACUUUCCUCUACAAGUGUGGAUCGCGAUGUCUGCCUGACACCUCUGCUGGCUCAGGACUCCAGGGACUGUGGGGGACACAGCUCCUCCAUCCAGGACUUCUCAGCUCACUCCUGACAUACAUGGACUGUCCCAUACCUGCUCAUCACUUGCAUUAACCCUCCCACUGCCUGCCACCAUGGGGAUCAUCAAGCACUUUAUUACUUUGGCACUGACUCUCCUCCAAGGACUGCAGGGCAGCUCAGGACAUCGUAAUGAAAUAUUAUCUAAACUCGAGCUGUCUCCAGCAAAAGAUCACAUUGAAACCCGAGUGGGAAAAACUUUCACCAUUACCUGCAGAGGAACUGGCCCUUUGACGUGGCACUGGCAGCACUUGCCAUUUUCAAACCACAGCAGGAUGGAUGUAGAAGAGCAUCGAUGUAGGAAGCAAAGUGAAGCUCAUCUUACAUGUAGCAACUUAAAACUCACCAAAGCUGAAGUAAAAGACACGGGUUACUUCACUUGUCUUUAUAAACACCAAACCAAGAAUAGUCUGCGACUUCAAGCUAGAGUUUACUUGUAUGUUAAAGAUUAUACACAGCCGUUUCUGGAGAUGAAUACAGCAACCCCAGGAACUGCAAUAAUGGGUGUUAAAGCGAAUGAACUGAUUGUUCCUUGUCGAGUCAGUUCACCGGAAUUCAAGGUCACCUUACAGUAUUACCGUAGUACAGAUGAAGUCAACCAGCCUGGAAUGGAAUGGGAUCCAAAGAUUGGAUUUACAAUCUCAUCACCUCAUUACAGUCUUAGUGAAAUUGUGAAAUGUGUCACUACAGUCAAAGGGAAGCUUUUCCAAUCUCUGUUCUGGAAACCAAAAAUAGAGUUUGCACCAACAGAAAUUGUCCAGGUGAAAGCAGAGAACUCCACCCUGCUGGUAGGGGACACACUUAGCCUGCUUUGUGCUGGGGAGGCCCCCUUUAAUUCCAGAGUGAUUUUGGAAUGGGUGCACAAUGGAAAGGUAUUAGAGUCCGAGAAGACCUUCUAUUCAACGGAUAAGGGACACAAGGGAGAAAGACUUCUGGUUUUUAAAAGCGUAACACUGGCACAAGCUGGAGUAUAUACCUGCAGGGAUUCCAUUUAUCAUCAUACGGCUAGAAACAUUUCAGUAACUAUAUAUGAAAAGCCUUUCUUGUACAUUCGUCCUCCAAAGAAACAUUUGUAUGAAGAAAAAGAAGGUGAUGAACUGAAAUUAUUGGUUAAAGUCAAAGCUUUUCCACCUCCACAAAGCAACUGGUUGAAAGAUGGCAAACUAAUAGAAAAGAACAGUACCUGUUAUAAGACAAAUGCAGAAAAACACAGCUUGUUUAUAAAGAACUUAGGAGAAAAUGACUCUGGAAUUUACACUAUACAAGUAGUCAAUACUCAACAUAAUCUGAAUGACAGUUUCAGCUUCAAAGUGAAUGUCCUUGUUAAACCUUCCAUCUAUGAAAAAGAGACAGACUGUGACAUAAAGGAGUCGGUACUGCUUGGAGACAUUCAUCGUUUCCAGUGUACAGCUUACGGAAGACCUCCUCCCACAUUUACCUGGAUGUGGCAGCCAUGCUCAAUUACAGCUACAGAGUGUGACAUGGAUUCCAAUAUUGAACGGAUACGUCUUUUAGACCAUAACACGGACAAUUACACAACUCCAUCUGUUGAGGAAAUCAGCAUGCCAUCUGAAGACAAAAACAAAGUCGUAAGCACCCUGACUGUUCUACCUUAUAACAAUCAGUCUGGUAUCUUUUUCUGCAUGGCUUCCAAUAAGCUUGGCAUGGAUGAAAGAAGCAUGCACUACAUCCUUUCAGAGGUGAAGACAGGAGUGAUGACAGAAGAAAAGGAAUCUGUUUUAGAAGGGAGCGAUGUUACACUUGUCUGCAAAGCAGAAAAAUAUCUGUUUUCAAACUUGGUAUGGUGGUAUCCUUCCGAAGAAGCAGUGCCUUCCGUCCUCACCGAAAACCACCUCAGAGAACACACCACCUUUUUUUCAUUUACUAUUAAAAAUGUGACAAAAGAGCAGGCUGGAAUAUAUAACUGUUCAGCAGAGAAUCGAUACACCAAGGAGGUGUUGCAACGCUCAACUCAACUCAUAGUCCAAGAAAAACAGGCUCCGUGGGUGAUGCAGCCGCUUCAAAAUGUAACAGUAAACAGCAGCAGCACAUUGGCCCUGGAGUGUAGAGUUGAUGGAACUCCCUUGCCUACAAUAACCUGGUUCAAGAAUGGAUAUGAGAUUCAACCUGCCUCAGGAAUUACUUUGCGUUAUAAUGAAAACCUAAUCAUCGAGAGGGUAAAGAAGGAUGACGAGGGACUGUAUACAUGCCGAGCAGUUAAUGAAAUGGGUCAUUCCAACAAUUCUGCCUAUGUUACUGUUCGAGGUGGAGAGGAGAAGUCCAACAUAGAAGUCAUCAUCCUUGUAUGCACAGGAGUGGCAGCAACCUUGUUCUGGUUACUUCUGACUCUUUUCAUACGGAAGCUGAAAAAGCCACAUGCAUCUGAAAUUAAAACAGGCUACCUGUCCAUCAUAAUGGAUCCAGAUGAAAUGCCAUUAAAUGAGCAAUGUGAAAGGUUGCCUUAUGACAGCAGCCAGUGGGAAUUUCCUCGUGACAGGCUCAGUCUAGGUAAAACUCUGGGCCAUGGCGCUUUCGGGAAGGUGGUGGAAGCCUCUGCUUUUGGCAUUGAUAAAUGUUCAACAUGCAAAACUGUUGCUGUUAAGAUGCUUAAAGAGUGUGCAACAAACAACGAAUGCAAGGCUUUAAUGUCCGAGCUGAAGAUCCUUAUCCAUAUUGGGCAUCAUUUGAAUGUUGUUAAUUUACUGGGAGCUUGCACCAAGCCUGGAGGGCCUCUUAUGAUCGUUGUGGAAUAUUGCAAGUAUGGAAAUCUAUCAAAUUAUUUACGAAGCAAAAGAGGAGACUUCAUUGCUUACAAGUCCCAGGAAAUGGAAAAAACAGCUGAUGACUCUAGUGGUGACCUCUCUGAGUUAAUCAAGAGAAGGUUGGAAAGUGUGGCCAGUACAGGCAGUUCAGCCAGCUCAGGAUUCAUAGAAGAUAAAAGUUACAGUGAUUCUGAGGAGGAGGAAGAAGACCCUGAAGAUAUGGGCAAGAAGCAGCUAACAAUGGAAGAUCUGAUUUGUUACAGUUUUCAGGUGGCAAAGGGCAUGGAGUUCCUGGCAUCGAGAAAAUGUAUUCAUCGAGAUUUGGCAGCAAGGAACAUCCUCCUGUCUGAAAAUAAUGUAGUAAAAAUCUGUGACUUUGGCCUGGCCCGUGACAUAUAUAAAGAUCCAGACUACGUGCGCAAAGGAGAUGCUAGGUUACCUCUUAAAUGGAUGGCACCUGAAGCUAUUUUUGAUAAAAUCUACACAACGCAGAGUGAUGUGUGGUCUUUUGGCGUGCUGCUCUGGGAAAUUUUUUCAUUAGGUGCUUCUCCUUACCCUGGUGUACAGAUUGAUGAGGACUUCUGCUGCCGACUGAAGGAAGGGACACGGAUGAGACCACCAGAGUACUGCAAUCCUGAAAUGUACCAGACGAUGCUAGAUUGCUGGCAAGGAGUCCCAACAGACAGACCCAACUUUACAGAGCUAGUACAGCGCUUAGGAGAUCUACUCCAGGCUAAUGUUCAACAGGAGGGAAAAGAUUACAUUCCACUAAACACUGCUUUACGAAUUGAUGGAGAGACAAACUUGAAACCUGGCAGUGGAGAACAAAGUAUAAGAAACUCUGUGACACGGUGGAGCAUGCUGGAAUCUGGAAACAAUAACAAGAACCGACCACUGAGUGUGAAGACAUUUGACGAGGUGCCAGUGGGAAAGGAUAAAGUACUCAAUGAGGAAGGGGAGUCUGACAGUGGGAUGGUGCUGUCUUCCGUCGAAAUGAAAAAUCUGAAACGACAAGAGACACGUUCAUGGCCAUUUGGAAUAAUUGCUCAUGCAAUGAAAGCAGUAAGCAAAAGCAAGGAGUCUGUGCUCGGGGAGAAUGAAAGAAAUCUUGUGAAGUACCAGCCAUCUAGCCAGAUCGAAGAAUACCCUCUAGACCUCACACUUGAAGAUCUUGUCCUUAUGCCAAUGGAUAUGAACCUUGAAUGUCACAGCCCACCACCAGAUUAUAACUCAGUCAUUCAUUAUUCAGCUCCUCCAGUGUAGCGAAUGGGGCAAUCCAGUUAUUGCUGGAUCAACUAACAGCUUCUUUUCUAAUACAGCCAAAUGUAAAAGACACUUUACAGACCUAUGACUGCCUAAGUAUUUAGAAAUGGAUGCCAGGUAUUUGCCUAUUUGGUGUGACUGAAAGAAAAGUACAAACAUUAGCUGGUAUUUUUUUUUUUUUAACAGCUUAUUUCACAGAGAUAUUAGCACCAAAAUGGACAUAUGUUAAUUUAUAAAAGCACAAUAUUUAAGACUGAAUGCUGUUACUAACAUGAAGAUUUAUUUCGUGUCUAUUUGGAAUUUUAUAUAUUUACGCUUUAAUACAGCUUUUUGUUAUAUUGUUAUAGUUCAUAUGUGUAUCAAAGCUGAAGAAGUGAACAAAAUAUUCUUUAUCAGUACACCAAAUACAAACUACUAUGGUAGAUUUACAGGGUAAAUCAGUGACAGUAAUAUACGCAUUUACCACUGGAUAUGGACCUGUGAAUUUAAUGAAUUCAAAAGAUCUUUUUUUUACCAAAGAUUUUUAUUUUUGUGUUUCCAUGAUAGAAAUGGCAGAAAAAAGUAAGGUGAAAUUAUGUUUAUAGGUGAAAGUUGUCUGAGCCAAAAUCAUUUUGUCACAUACUGCUGUAUUUCUGUGACAUAAUGAAUGUUAUAGCAUUCCUAAGGAUUUAUGUGGAUUCUAGAUUCUAGAUAUGCCAUAUGCAGUGCUGGUAUCCCAAAUCCCAAGCUGGCAUAUGUAAGUGUUGAAACAUCCCACCUUGCAUGUAGGACAUAACCUGGUUGCUCAGUCCAGUCGAUAGACAAUUACCUUUAGUUUAGCUACAGUGGCCAGAGUAAAAUGACUCACGGGUAGUCAUACAAAAUGCUUGGGUUGCACUGCAUAGUCAGUUCUACUCUGCCUUAACAGUGUUAGUUGCCAACAUAGAAUUUGUUCAGUGCAUGUCUGAAAUGAAACCUUUUGCACCCAUUAGGAUACAAUAUUACUGCUUUUAGUUUUGCCAUUUAAUAUAAUGCUCCAAUUGUUAUGCAUAAUGGUUUUGCUUAUUUUUCUCUAAGCAAAGUUAGCCAAAAUCGAUUAAUACGUUUCAUAGAGGGAAGUAUUUAUUAUGGUCACUUACACAUUUUCCUGCCAAGCAAUUAAAAACUGUUCCACAAUUUUGAUGAAGCUGCAAUACUCAGUGGAGCACAAGUCUAUACGAUUGUACUGUAUGUACAAUUAUACAUGGCUCUGUGUCUGAUCACCUGCUAGUACUUCUAAUCUGUGUGAUACCAGAUUUGUAUAUGGAAAACUAAACACAAAUUC